AUGAAGGCGUUUGUGAUCGGCUUUGUAAUGUUCUUGAUCGGGACAGCGCUCACAGACAUAGCCAGCGAAUGUAAUCUAGUUGGGUUUUACAAGGAGCUGGGCUGCACGCCGAUACCCAAUGCUGACAACAGCACCAAGUGUCCCGACGCCUUUACAUGUCCGGACUUACAUCCGGACUCUAGCAUGUGCUAUUACAGGGGUGUCCCAUAUGGAGACCGCACGAUGAUCCCGCAGAAUAUGAUCAAGAAUCCCUGUUCCCUCGCGUGCCAAUGCACCGUAAUGACCGGUAAGCCGCGGUUCGACUGCGCUGCCGUUGACUGUGUGGAGACGUUCGACACGGAUCUACAGCAGCAAUGUAUCAAUACAUACGAGUUAGGCUCGUGUUGCAGUACGGGGACUGUGUGUGGCAAAGAUGCGAUAGCGAGCUUAAAAACCUGCGAAGUGGACGGAAAAACUUACAGAGAGGGUGAAUCGUUUGAGCCCAAAAACAGUCGUAAAACUUGUAUAUGUACGGCGCAGUGGAACGGAACCCUGGACGAUCCGAAUAACUGCCGGGAUAUCAACUGCGGCAUCGAGAUACAUUACCAGGACAAGUUGUUCCAGAAUUGCGCGCCAAUCUUCUUGGGGAGCGACGCCAUUUGUCCAAUAGCUUUUACAUGCCCUACAAAUACGUCGAAAGUGAUCCGCGGGCUAAAUGUACGUGCGGUGAGUGCGGAAUGCGUUUUCGGUAACGUAACUCUGUCCGUUGGAGACGAGGUGACAGUUGACGAGAAAUGUACCAAGUGCAAGUGCAAUGUACCGCCCUUCGUUUCUUGCACCAAGAAGAACAGCUGCAAUGAAUAG